AUGUCCACUGCAACUUUACCAAACAUUCUAAUAACGGGCACACCUGGCACCGGUAAAACAACUAUCUCUAAAGAAGUAUCUAGACGUAGUUCACUUAAUUAUAUCAGCAUCAAUGACGUUGCCAAGGAAGAAGAACUAUAUGAUGGAUAUGAUGAAGCUAAUCAGUGUCAUAUCCUGGAUGAAGACAGAAUCCUGGAUGAAUUAGAAGAUGCUAUGUCAUCGGGUGGUCAGAUUGUUGACUAUCAUUCCUGUGAAUUCUUUCCUGAACGAUGGUUUGAUGCCGUGUUUGUGUUGCGAACGGACAACACCGUUCUCUAUCCCCGUCUCACUUCUCGUAAUUACUCCAGCGAAAAGGUCUCAGACCUUAUUCAUUGUGAAAUUGUCCAGGUUAUUCUGGACGAGGCUCGUGAAUCGUAUAGUAUAGACAAAGUACAUGAACUAAUUAAUAAUACUCCUGAAGACUUAGAAAAAAAUAUUUCUCAAAUCUGUGAAUGGAUCAAGCAGUGGCAUAUUGAAUCGUCCUAA